AACCAUGAACGCAACACCCCCCUGCAAGCCUGGUUUUGCAGCGGUGACGUCACUAGGUCGAGUGAAUUGAGGUGGAGGCAGCUACGUGAAAGGAAUUGUUUUGAGAAAUCAAAGAAAGUACGUGAAUUAAUUAUUUUGCGCUUUUGCUUACGACUCGACUGGUUUGUGGAAACGGUUUAUUUUCGUUCUUGUUCGAGUGUGUGUGCUUCGUCAGUCCCCGUUCUCGUUGGAGUGAACACAAAGGGGGACUCCAUGAAAGAUGACGGAGGAGGUGACAGUUGUAGCCAAGUGGGACUACACGGCCCAGCAGGACCAGGAACUUGACAUCCGGAAGAAUGAUCGGCUUACUCUGCUGGACGACAGCAAGACUUGGUGGAGGGUGAGGAACGCCUCAAACCAGACCGGCUACGUCCCCUCCAACUACGUAGAGCGCAAGAACAGCCUGGUGAAGAAGGCCUCUCUGGUCAAGAACCUCAAAGACACACUGGGACUGGGUAAGGGCAGAAGGAAGCAGAGUGCCAGUGACGCCUCCCCUACGCCCAGCACAGAUGCGGAGUACCCCUCCAAUGGGAGUGGCCGAGGAGUGGCCGAGCGGGUCUACGACCUCAACAUCCUGGCUGUGGUCAAGUUCUCGUACGUGGCGGAGCGCGAGGAUGAGCUGACCCUAGCCAAGGGGUCCUGGGUCACGGUGAUGGAGAAGUGCAGUGACGGUUGGUGGCGGGGCAGCCAGGGGGGCCGUGUGGGCUGGUUCCCCUCCAACUAUGUCCUCGAGGACCCCUCAGAGGGUGAAGGGAGUAGAGGCGGAAGGGACUCCCCAGGGAGGGGCAGGGAGGCCACGAUGACCAACGGGCGGGCGGGAGGUGGUGGCAGCCGGGGUGGCAGCCGGGGUGGCGAGGGCAGUGGUGCGCUCCAGCUGGUCCAGACUCUGUACCCGUUCAGCUCAGUGACGGAGGAGGAGCUGAACUUUGAGAAAGGAGAGGUGAUGGAGGUUGUUGAGAAACCUGAGAACGACCCAGAGUGGUGGCGCUGCCGGAACACCCGCGGUCUGGUGGGCCUGGUGCCCAAAAACUACGUGCUGGUGCUGAAUGACACCAACGGGCCUCCCGGGCUCCCCGCCCUUCCGCUGUCGCCCCCCGGUUCCCCACAGAUCGGCCACAUGGCCCCGGCGUGCGAGGGCAAGUUUGCAGGCAGGGACUGGUACUACGGAGGGGUGACCAGACACCAAGCAGAGCUGGUCCUCAACGAGAGAGGACAGGAGGGGGAUUUCCUCAUACGUGACAGCGAGUCAUCGCCCAGUGAUUUCUCUGUGUCUCUGAAGGCGCCUGGGAAGAACAAGCACUUCAAGGUGCAGUGUUCAGAGGAGGUCUACUGUAUCGGCCAGCGCAAGUUCAGCUCCAUAGAUGAACUGGUGGAACACUACAAGAAAGCCCCCAUCUUCACCAGUGAACAAGGAGACAAGCUCUACCUGGUCAAACCGCUGCCCGAACCCCAGCUAUCCUCAACAUGCUGAACUUGGGGAGAGACCUUACUGUCUGUUUUAGCCCAGUCACAUAGUUCGUAUUGGUUCUGUUUCCUUUGUUAGUUUAAAAAAAAAACAUUUGAAAUGUAAACCCUCUCCAGAGGUUCUGAUGAUUUCUAGUUCACUAAGGGACCACUGUAAACACUCUUUAGAUUUGUUCUUCUUCCUUUUGCCUAAUCCUCAUCUAUACAUAUCUUCCUCCACCUUCAUCCUCAUCUAUCCAUCUCUUCCUCUACCUUCAUCCUCGUCUAUCCAUCUCUUCCUCCACCUUCAUCCUCGUCUAUCCAUCUCUUCCUCCACCUUCAUCCUCGUCUAUCCAUCUCUUCCUCCACCUUCAUCCUCGUCUAUCCAUCUCUUCCUCCACCUUCAUCCUCGUCUAUCCAUCUCUUUCUCCACCUUCAUCCUCCUCGGAACUCAACUUCGAGAGAGAGAUACUGUCAAUGUGCCACCUGCUUACUGUAUUGCUUUUCUAUUGGCACUACACUUAUUGUUCUGUUUUUCUAUUGGCCCCAGCUCUACACUACUGCUAUUUGAUUGGCUACUGCUGUACACUAAUUGCACUGUUCUAUUGGCUCCCGCUCUAUUCUACACUUAGUUCUCGAUUCAAUCUGGAUGACUGAAGCAUUACAGAUUGAACACUAGAGAUGUAAAGGUCAUUUCUGAUUUGAGCUGACAAGAUGCAGUGUUUACAGUCUCCGCUAAUGCGGGAACAUAUUCUUUCAAUUGAAAUCACGCUUUAACGCUGAACUUCCUCUAUAUGAAUUGAGCCCUUACUGUAUUCAUUGGCCCUAGUGCUGUUUUCCAAUGAAAUCAUGUCUUCAGGCGUUCUACUCUCAAUAUGUAAAUGUAGUUGAUGGAUGACACUAAUUCAAAAGUAAUAUGCUUUUUUGGUUUUUAUAUACUUCUUGCUACGUAUCGGUCAUGGGGUUCUCCGCUUUUAUUAGAUAUAAUAUAUCUGAAUGUCAUUGAGCAUUGUUAUUUAAUUCUUGUUCCCACUGUAUGUAUAUAUUCAGAAGAUGUGCAUAUACGAAUCGUUUUGAUCCAACCUAUGGUACUGUACCACUGAUCAUGUGAUGAGAAUUGAAAUGCGUAUGUUCAAUAAAAGUUUUUGCAGAAUAACUCAAAUCA